AUGCAGGACCGAGAGUUCUCAGGUUUAUCCGCGCUGUCCGAGGUGACCGACGGCCAGGACACCACAGAAAUAUCCAUUUGCUCCGAAGGCUUCCAGAAGCCUCUUGUGCCCAGGAUUCUCGACGUGCACAACGAGCUCGGGGACUCCGAGGAUCCCGAGGAUCCCGAGAACCCCGAGAAGGCCGACCGCGAGCGAGACAAGCGAGACGCGAGUGAGCAGUGUGACGAGUCGGAGCUUCGCGAACCCCACGAGCCCCGCGAGUCCCGGGCACCGCGCAAGCUCCGCGGGUCUCAUGAGCCCCACAAGUUCCGCAGGCCCCAGGGGCCCCACCGGCCCCGCGAACCCCACGAGGCCGCCGGGUCCGAGGUGCUCCCCCGCGCCGCCCUGAUAAUCUCGCCAUCCCUGAUCACCGGAUUCCCGCCACGGCUUCAGAAGUCUUCCCUGAACGCAAAUCCUGUUUCCUGUGACUUUGUAAGGAAAUGUCUUUUUUCCAGGAAGAGAAUCCAAGAUCUUUCUAAACCUAAAAAACAAUGGGGAACUCCAGAUAGGCCUCAAUAUUACUACAGCUGUGGGAGACAGUCUGUAAUUUGGAAGACCCCUCCACCUGCAUUGUUUAGCCAACCCUCCAAAAGGAUCCAGAGGCUGUCACAGCCCAACAGGUUCAAAAGACAGUAUCCGCUAAACAG